CAUAUCGUCUCCGUCCUCCUCUCCUCCGGCUGUGGAAACUCGGGUCUGCCUUUUCCCCUGUGUUCUUCACUUUCCUCUUUGAUUUCACUUCCAAAUUUAUCACACAACUCCUUCAACUUCCUCGAAUUUCAAUUCCCACUCCGUUACACUUUCUAAUUCCCACUCCUUCACUCUCAUUUUCCACUCAACUCUCUCCAAUUAAACUAUUUCACCCAACAGUUCCCCCAAAUUCAGCCCCUUCACCUUCUUUUCUCUCAUUUACAAUCUGGGUUUUGUAAAUUUUGCAAAACCCAUCCACAUUUCCUGCCUUUAACAGACACUAAUUCGUCUCAGACAUGGCUCAACCCCCUUUUUAUUCAUUCCAAGCUAUAUUUAUCGGCUCCUUUACCUUUCUCACCUUCAGCUUUUGUGUCGAACUUGAUUUUAGUGACGAGUUCUCGAUCAUCAGCUAUGAUGGAGAUCUAUUCCAUGGAGAUUACGCCCCUCCUUCACCUCCCCCACCUGCCCCCUUCCCUCAUCCUCCAUCAUUUUCCUGCGAGACUGAUCUCAAUGGAUUCGGGUCGCUUAACACCAUUUGCGAGCUGAAUUCUAGCUUGACCUUCCGCGAUGAUGUGUAUAUUGAGGGAAAUGGGAGCUUGUAUAUUCUCCCUGGUGUGAUUUUAAGUUGUCCCGUCUUGGGUUGCACGAUACAGAUAAACAUGACCCGGGAAUUUACUUUAGGUCCUAAUUCGCUGAUAGUUGCAGGGGCUUUGAGAAUCGAUGCUCAAAACGUUAGUUUGGUUGAUGGGUCUAUGAUAAAUGUGACGGCGUUGGCUGGAGAUCCGCCGGCGAAGACUAGUGGAACGCCGUCGGGUUUUCAGGGAGCUGGCGGGGGGCAUGGUGGUAGAGGAGCGAGCUGUGUGACGGAUAAUACCAAACUCCCAGAUGAUGUUUGGGGUGGAGACACAUACGCGUGGUCUUCUUUGGAUGAACCAUGGAGUUUCGGGAGUAAAGGUGGAACAACCAGUAAAGGAGAAAGCUAUGGCGGGGAAGGAGGUGGGAGAAUUUGGCUUGAAAUAAAGGGCUCAAUAGAAGUCAGUGGCCGUCUUUAUGCGGAUGGUGGCAAUGGCGGUAUCAAGGGCGGGGGAGGUUCCGGUGGCAGCAUUUACAUCAAAGCUCACAGAAUGACUGGAAGUGGCAGGUUAAGUACAAUUGGUGGUAAUGGAUUUGCUGGAGGUGGAGGUGGAAGAAUUUCCCUUAAUGUUUUUAGCCGGCAUGACAAUACAGAGUUCUUUGCUCAUGGGGGGAGGAGUUAUGGCUGUUCGGAGAAUGCGGGUGCUGCUGGAACAUAUUAUGAUGCUGUCCCUCGGAGCCUUAUUGUCAGCAAUGGAAACUUAUCGACGCAGACGGAUACCCUUCUUUUAACAUUUCCCAAGCAGCCACUUUGGACAAACGUGUAUAUUCAAAACCAUGCUAAGGCGUUGGUUCCUUUGUUUUGGAGCCGUGUACAGGUUCAAGGACAAAUUCAUUUAUCAGUUGGUGCAGUCCUGUCCUUUGGGCUUGCACAUUAUGCUUCAUCUGAGUUCGAGUUAAUUGCAGAAGAGCUUCUUAUGAGUAAUUCCGUUAUUAAGAUAUAUGGUGCCCUUCGCAUGUUCGUGAAAAUGCACUUAAUGUGGAAUUCCAAAAUACAUAUAAACGGUGGAGACAAUGAUAUCGUAGCUACGUCUCUGCUUGAAGCCAGUAAUUUAUUGGUUCUCAGGGAGUCAUCUUCUAUACAUUCAAAUGCGAACUUAGGCGUUCAUGGACAAGGAUACCUGAAUCUUACUGGACCAGGCAAUGUUAUCGAAGCACAACGUCUAAUACUAUCAUUGUUUUUCAGUAUCUAUGUUGGGCCUAAGUCAUAUCUCCGAGGACCUCUGGAUGAUUCAAAUGCCAACAAGACGAGGCCACAGCUCUACUGCGAACUUUCUGAUUGCCCGGCAGAACUACUUCAUCCCCCUGAAGAUUGUAAUGUGAACUCUACAUUACCCUUUACACUACAGAUUUGUCGAGUUGAAGAUCUAACCGUUGAAGGCACCGUAACUGGAUCUGUUAUUCAUUUUCACUGGGUCAGAGAUAUAUUUGUUUAUCUAUCUGGUGCAAUUAGUGCAUCUGGUCUUGGCUGCACUGAUGGUGUGGGUAGAGGAAGAAUUUUUGAAAACGGUCUUGGUGCGGGUGGUGGACAUGGUGGGAAAGGAGGGGAUGGAUAUUAUAAUGGCACCUUCAUCGACGGUGGUGUUGCUUAUGGGGACCCUGAUCUACCUUGUGAACUUGGAAGUGGUAGUGGAAAUGGUAGUCUUGCUGGUGAAACGGCAGGCGGUGGGAUUAUUGUGAUGGGGUCGCUAGAGCACUCGGUAGUAAGUUUAUCUCUCAAUGGGUCCCUUAAAGCUGAUGGAGAAACCUUCGGGCGAGAUGUUGGAGGGCAAGUAGAUGCGAAAGUGUUGAAUGUUGGUCCUGGAGGUGGAUCGGGUGGAACAAUUCUUCUCUUUGUGCAAACGGUAUCCCUCGGCGAGUCUUCUGUCAUUUCAGCUGUUGGGGGACAAGGAAGUUCAAAUGGUGGGGGUGGUGGUGGCGGUGGAAGGGUUCAUUUUCAUUGGUCAGAUAUACCAGUUGGGGAUGCAUAUCAACCUAUAGCAGUUGCGAAAGGAAACAUUUAUACUGGGGGAGGCGUAGGAAGCUAUCAUGGUUCUGAUGGCGAAAACGGCACUAUCACCGGAAAGGCCUGCCCCAGAGGGCUGUAUGGUAUCUUUUGUGAGGAAUGCCCCCUUGGAACAUUUAAGAAUGCCACUGGAUCUGAUAGAGCUCUGUGUACCAAGUGCCCGACUCAUGAGCUUCCGAACCGAGGCAUUUAUGUUAGUGUUCGAGGUGGUGUUGCUGAAAGGCCUUGUCCCUACAAAUGCAUUUCCGACCGAUAUCACAUGCCGCAAUGUUAUACAGCUCUAGAAGAGUUGGUAUAUGCUUUCGGAGGUCCUUGGUUGUUUUGUCUUAUUCUUGUUGGACUCCUCAUCCUUUUAGCCUUGGUGUUAAGUGUUGCACGUAUGAAAUAUGUUGGCGGGGAAGAAUUACCAGCAACGGUACCGGUUCGACAAGGUUCUAGAAUAGAUUACUCUUUUCCUUUCCUGGAGUCCUUGAAUGAGGUUUUGGAAACAAAUCGAACGGAGGAAUCCAAAAGUCACGUGCAUAGAAUGUAUUUCAUGGGCCCGAAUACUUUCAGUGAACCGUGGCACCUUUCUCACUCCCCUCCCGAACAAGUAGCAGAAAUUGUAUUUGAAGAUGCAUUUAAUAGAUUUGUGGAUGAGAUAAAUGAUUUAGCUACUUAUCAGUGGUGGGAAGGAUCAAUCUACAGUAUUCUUUCUAUUCUUUCCUAUCCACUGGCAUGGUCGUGGCUACAACACUGUCGGAAAAAGAAGGUGCAACGUCUUCGCGAGUAUGUUCGCUCUGAAUAUGAUCACUCUUGCCUGCGUUCUUGCCGUUCACGUGCUCUUUAUGAAGGUCUCAAGGUUACUGCUACUCCUGAUUUAAUGCUUGCGUAUGUGGAUUUCUUCCUCGGUGGAGAUGAAAAGAGAGUUGAUCUUCCUCGUCUUCAACAAAGAUUACCCGUCUCAGUAAUCUUCGGGGGAGAUGGAAGUUACAUGGCUCCUUUCACUCUACACAGCGAUAAUAUUCUGACCUCGUUAAUGGGCCAGUCUAUUCCACCGACGAUUUGGUAUCGGCUUGUGGCUGGACUCAAUGCUCAACUACGCUUAGUUCGUUGUGGACACCUGAAGAAGACUUUUGACCAUGUAGUUGGUUGGUUGGAAACACAUGCUAAUCCAACUCUAUGUGCUUAUAGUGUGAGGGUCGAUCUUGCCUGGUUUCAGCCCACCGCUUCUGGAUAUUGCCAAUUCGGAUUAUUGUUAUCUGCUUUGGAGAACGAUAUCGUGCAGCCAUAUGCUGAAGGCCAACGUAAAUUAUUACUGUCCGAGCGACAGUCAUGUUCACCUAGACGUAUGGAUAAGAAGCCAUUUGACCAAUUAAAAAUAACCGAGCAGAAGAUGGUUCAGAAACGAAUAUUGGGUGGAAUUAUACAGGCAAAGAGCCUGAAAGCUCUUAAAGAGAAGAGGGAUAUAUCUUAUCCGCUCUCGUUCACGAUCUACAAUACUAAACCGGUUGGCCAUCAGGAUCUUGUUGGUCUGGUAAUCUCCAUGAUUCUCUUAGGAGAUUUUAGCUUGGUUUUGCUCACAUUGUUACAGAUGUACUCCAUUUCUCUUCUCUAUUUCUUUCUCGUUCUCUUCGUCCUUCCUCUCGGUCUGCUAUCGCCUUUUCCUGCUGGGAUUAAUGCUUUAUUCAGUCAUGGACCUCGACGCUCAGCAGGUCUGGCACGUGUAUAUGGUCUGUGGAACAUCACGUCCAUGAUUAAUGUUGUAGUUGCUUUCGUUUGUGGGUUAAUUAAUUAUUUAUACCGUUCAAAUCGAAAAAAUCCCAGCUUUCAGACCUGGAAUUUUAGCAUGGAUGAUAGUGAAUGGUGGAUGCUUCCUGCUGGAUUGGCACUCUGCAAAAUUAUUCAAGCACGACUCGUUGAUUGGCACGUCGCGAAUCAGGAAAUCCAGGACUUCUCAUUGUAUAGCAACGACCCGGAUGCGUUCUGGCAGACGUGAAAAACCGUGCAUUGAUAGGUAAAUGGGAUUGAUACACAUCAUAUUGAUUUUUUAUAAUUUAAUUUGUUUGUAUUGAGGGAUAGUAUAGUAUAGUUUGCAAAGGUAUGAACUUAUGGUCCUAGUCAAAAUUUGCAUAGUUUUUGUUUACCCUUACAUAUACAUAAAUUGUUGAGUUAGUCUCUAUCCAAUAUUUUUUCGUCGCCCCGUGUGUAUUUUUGUACAUAUUAUAGCGUGUCCCGCUUCGAUGGUUGUUAGAUAUGUCUCAAAUGUAUUAUUACCAUAUAAUCUUAUGAAUUCGUCUACCGUUGUCAUCUU